GCUGUUUCUGUCUAAUGAAACCAUUUUUUAAAACAGCCGAUAUCAAUAAUGUCCUGCAUUCUUCAUUGAUUGAUGCAUUUCAAAAGUCGAUGACGUUGUAUAAGGAUUAUAUGUCCUUUUGAGAAAAUUAUAUUUCUGGGAACAUAGAGAUGCCAGAUAAUAUGGUUAUGGUGAACUCUAAUGACAGUGACAUAAAAAAAUGCUGUAUGACAUUAGUGAUGACCCGCCUGUGAAUUCAAUAUGUAUUUAUUAUAUAGAAAAAUGGAUUUACAAAUAUAAAAUUCACUAAUAUAAGAAGCAAAAUGGAGAUGGAAUUUAUUAGGUCCAAAAUUAUAUGUUAAGAAUUCAAGCUGUCGAAAGUUUUUCUAUCAAGAUGUCUGUGGAAGAUUUCGGAUUUCCACUUCCAGUUAAGAUAGAGGAGGAGGAUCAAAAACUAUGUAUUGAUCUAGAUACUGAAGAAAAUAGUCCAGAGGAUAUUGUUAUUGAGUGGCAUCUGGAAAUAAGAAGGUUUUUCAGUAGCUAUUCGGCAGCCUCUGGAGAAAUUAAGUUGGUCACCAUUAUGAAGGAAUACAUAACAUCUUUGACAGAACGUGCCAUCCAUUUCGAGCAUGUCGUCAGACUGCACGAAAUGGUCGAUUACCACAUGGAGCACAUUUACUGGUUCUACCGGGAUUCCGACACUUGCCUAUCGGACCUGUAUUUGGACUACAUGGAGCACAUCAUGACCUUUUACGUUAACCUCUCGCUCAGGGUGCUGUUGGCGUUGAAAAGUAAAAUUAAAGUCACCCAAGAAAUGGUUAACAACACAACCCAAAAAGUCAUAAAGAGGUUGUCGUUUUAUCUGCUAAAGAGCGAAUAUCAUAUAUUUCAUGUAUUGAUAAGGCAAACGACCACAAUGGUGGAUGGUAUGAUCAAGGAUCUCAUGAGCAUUCUCAAUUCGAACAUUUGCAAGCAAAUAUUCAGGAAUAUAUACAAGUUCUUUCUAGUAAUGGUACCUAUCAGGGACUUGUCGGAAGAAGCGUUCUGCCGAGCUUUCAUCCUUUUCGAGAACUGGAAAGCCUUCGAGAACCAUAAGCACAACGAACAUAUCGAAAAGUGUAUGGAAAACAUCUUCAACCACACCAUGGACAGUAUUAAGGAAAACGAAUUUCUCAGAGAUAUCCUCAUGCCCAAGACUUCCAUCAUUUCAGAACUGAUGAGGGUUAUGGGUUGUGAUCCUAGCAUAACCAAGGCCUACUUCGAUUAUAUCAAGGCCAAGCAGAAGCAGGAUGGAGAAUCGAUCGACGACAUUGGAAAGUUGAAAUUGGAGAACGUCAUGCUCUCCGAUACUGAAGAUACUGAAUCUGUUGACGAAGAUGACGGUGUCGACUUCGAUGACAAGUAUGAGGAACUUUUUGGUAACAUAAUGAAAAACUCCGAUUAUGACCUGGACGAAGUAUUGUUCGAUUGCAAAAAUGAGAGGAACUCGUUGGAAGUAACUUCAGGCGAACAAGAUCCUGAUAUCAUGGUUGUGGACACGGAUUCAGAUUCGGAUGUAGAGAUAGUGUCGAUUACUCCAAGUAAUAAGGAAAAUUCUAACACAUCAAGGAGAACACACACCGGUCAACCUACAUCUUUCUUGGAAAGCAUUACUAUCGAUGUCGAUACAACCAGAAGGAGAUACGGGUUCAGAACUUUUGGAAAUUUCAACAACACACCUACCCAUACUACCACAGAAAUCGCCCAUAGUUCAACAUCAUACAUAGAACAACCACCUCAAACGGUUUUUGAUCGGCAAGAUGUUUUGGAAGUAAUCAACGACACACCAAUCGAAACCCUGAAUAUAGACAAUGACAUUGUUGAAACCACAGAGAGCAACACUAAUGUACCAGUGAAAGAAAACAACAGUGUUGUUAACAUCAUGCAAGCCGAUACUUCAGGAAAUGAAAUGUCCAAAUCUGACAAAGUAACAUCCAGCGAUUUGGAAGUCCCAGUUUUGUCGCCCACUAAUCUUUCCUGCGAUCUCUCAGAGGUUCCUAUGGAACUAGAAAUCUCAGACUACCUUUCUGACUUCAACGAAAAAAUUGUGGACACCGCUGCUCCUAAAGCAGUGGAAGUUUCAUCCAGUUCCAAUACGCUCCCAGAAAAUUCUAUUUCUGCGCCAAGUCAGUCUUCUGCGGUCCAAGAAGUAGCCAACUUCUCGAAAGCAGCACAGAUGCCCAUCAGUGUAAAAACUAACGGAACUAUCAAUCACAUUUGUAGGUGUUCUCAGUUACUGGGAACCUUAGCCCCUACGGAAAGAGAGGAGAGGUCUUUGGAGGUCUUUCCUGCAAUUUCUUCGACAACAAGUGAGAAUAUAAAAGUAGUAACAGAUAAUCAAGAUAGUUCGAAGAAUAAAGAAAUUGAGGGAACUGUUGCUUCAGAAAAUUUGGGAGAAAAUACUGUUUAUUCUGAAAGAAAUUCAAAGAACAGUGAAAUUGAGGCGUUGAUUACUCCAGCAGGUUCGGAAAAUGUUGCAGUUGAAACAGAAAUAGAAAGUUUACGAGACAAAAAAAUUGAGACAACAAUCGUUGAAGAAAAUUUGAAAAAUCGUGAUGCUGAACCAAUUGUCACUGUAGAAGCAAGCUCAAUAAUAAGUGGUACUGAGGUAGUACUUACUUCAGGAGAAAUUUUGAUGGAAUGUCCAACUACCGAUAAAGUUGACGAUGGACAACAUACAAUGGGUAAUAUUGAAGUGGAUAGAACAAUAACUUCAGGUGAUAAGUCGAAAGAGAUCUCGAAAAGUGAUGAAGUUGAGGCGACUAUUGCUACAGACGUAGUCGAAGAGAAUGUUGUAAACGAGGUGGUUCCGGAAGAAAAUUUGAACCAAGCAAAUGGCCUCAAGGAAGUGGAGAUGUCUAAUGAAGAAGUAUGCUAUUUUGAGGAAGUCGAAUAUUCGGAAAAGGAUAUCGAACAAAUCGUUCCAUUGGUUCCCGAAGUCCAAGAGAUUUGCGAACAGGUGGAAGCUCCUACGAUCCAUCUGGAUACUUUAUCGAUAAAAACGGUCGUCGACCAACCCAAAAAGUCGGUGAACGGUGCUCUACUUAACAAAGACCCCGAACAGUGUAAAAGUAAAGACGAAAGGACGUUGCAGUGCGACGCGAAAGUUACAAAGUGCCGGACAGAAAUCCGAAUCGAAGAGUGCCAAGAGACGACUAGUGCGCGAGUCGACACGCCCCUUGACACCGGUCAGGACUCGUUGUUCGUCCCGCCCCUCGACACUGGACAGUUCGACGUGAACAGUCCGGCCUCGCCGGACAACGCGCCUAAAUCCCGAGAUACGAAGAUGCUGAGGGUGGUCGGCGGUCUCAGAAAGGGUCAGCAACACGGCGAGUUCGGCUACCCUACGCCACCCGGCUCCGAGGAGGAAAAAGAUACGGACGAACAGACUAAACUCAUCUACAGCCACAUCCUGCAGACUCAGGAGCAGGAGGAGGACUUCUUGUCCGAGAUGGUGGUGGACGAUACCGAGAUAGACCCGGCCGACCUGCUGGAGAGAUUGUCGGACGUAGAGAGGGAGUUGUCCAGGUCCGCAACGCCCGGUAUAGGCAAGUCCUACGAGCAGAUCGUCAAGGAUUCCGUAGGCAGUCAGAACUCCUCCGACGAAGACGACGACGAGAUCGUCUCCAAAAAGUGCAAUAGCAAAGAUCAAGACCAAGACAUCAGCUUCGACGAGAUGGAACAGUUCCUGAAGAAAUGCGAGAACGACGACUACCCCCAAGCCAACCGAAAGAAACGGAAAAGGCAGAAAGCCGUAGCCGAAGACUCCAGGUCGAGGAAGAACUCCUUCACCAGGUCCCCGAAACGGGUGAAGAUCAACGACGAGCCCGAGACGCACUUCAUAACCUACGACGAAGACUCCAAAGACGACGUGUGGUCCGACCAGAACGCCUACAACCCGUCCUCCUCGUCAGACGACGAGGACGAUGUCGGUCGAAGAUCGCUCGCCAAACGAAAACCUUCUCCGAUGCCACUCUCGAAAUAUCUGAGCAAGAAGAACGGAAUCAAGACCCACCUACCUCUAUCUGGAAGGUUGUCGCCGGAGAAGCCGCCUCCGCUGAAGGGAAUACUGAAGCGCAUCGAGCAGAGGCAUACCUACCAGCCCCUGCACCCGGUGGACGACGAGCCCGAGACUGCGAUGAUCGUGUUGCACGAACGCGAGAUCGGCAGGGGUAAGAGAGGAUCUAUCGCGGUAAAGGUGUUCAAGAUAUCUUUCGCCGCUUUCCAAGUACCCUUCGACGAUUACAAACUGUGCCAUCACGCCAUGGUUUACCUUAAACACGUCAAACACGAAGACAUGAAAGACAAUGUGUCCGUGCGCACGAACAGGGACUUCGAGGAGGAGGAGAUGUACAACCAGCCGGACAAUAAACCUAUGUAUAAAAUCGUUUUUGACAAAAAGUCCCCGCAGCUCAACUCGAACGACCGAAAGUACUACUGCGAUCCGUCGAUCAGUUCGGUCGCCGCCGCCAAACAACAACCCAACAAAAGAACUUUAUACGAGUCAGAGAACGAACAAGGUACUGUACAUUUAUCUACUGAAAUUUCAAACCCGACUCCACCAGUCGAUCCCUCGAUCCCGAUAUCACCGCCCUACUUCUCCCCGUCCUCCAAUAGCAGCUCCGAAUUCCCCGAAUCCGCCAAGCUCAUCCCCUUCCAGGACAUAGAGAGGGCGUUGCUUGUGGUCGAGCCCGACAAGUCGGAAUGUCGCGAACGAAACGUACAAAACGCCUAUAAGUCCAUAGACAUGGAGACCAUAGAGCUCUUGUCGAACAACGCCGAUUUUCACAAGAUGUUGAGGGAUCUGAACGGCGACGUGCUAAUCGAGAAGGUUCCGUUGAUAAGCGUCGAGGAAACGGCGGACGGCGUCGUUACGGCUUUCGUCAACGACAACGACCUCGUGUCGAAUCUGAACACGGACGAGCAACUGUUGAAGAACGUAUGUCGGCAGCUGGAAUCCGAAGCGAUGGCGUCUCAGAAUCGACUGAUAGUCGACGGCGCCUUCUUGGAAGUCUUGGACGCCACUCGACAAGACGUCGAAACGUAUUCGGCCACGAUGCCCGGCGAUUCUUUUCCGUUGCGCGUCGUUUCCAAUACCGUUCCCGCUUCUUUGCAUCGACAUUCCUAUUCUGCUGACCCCCCUUUGGCGCAUUCGGGUUAUACUGAGGCGGGUUACCCGUCUACUUUCGUCCCCAAACACUCGCCUCCUUUGGUACCGCCGCUGGCCCAUAUGUACCCCUCGGAUCUUUCGGUAUACCCGAUGCACCAGCAGCCUUAUCCCAAUCUGCACGCUGGUUAUCCAGAGGCCGGUUGUUUUUCGACGGCCCGGACAUCUCCUUUGACGGUCACUUCUGCGUCCAUCAUUUCCAUGGGUCAGGAGACUUACAACGUGCCUGAUUCGUCUUUAAUCCACUCCGGUUACUCCGAGAUGAACGCGAGUAUCGCAAGUCCGCAAUUGAAGAUGCCAGUCUAUUCAGUUUCGCCACAAACGCUGCCCGUGAAUAUGAAAUCUUUUAUUCCGAAUCCGUCUGUGGUUCCGUCACUCUAUCCCGAGGGUCUUCUACCUUACCCUCAGACUACGUCUUCGUCUUACACUUGCAGCGUGCCUGCUUAUCCAGACGCGAACUGUUUGAUUCCUAAUUUACCUCGCCCUGAACACUAUCCCGAGAAGAAACCCAUAGUUCCUAGUCCCCCGCUAACGGCGCCACCUCACUCUACCGUUUCAAACGCGCAACAUCUAGACACCUCCGCAUCUAUACCCAGCCUACCGUCAACAUCGAAGUGUUCAAAGACGCUCAGAUGUUCUUCUAGGCGCGAAUCCUAUCGAACUAAACAGCCCCAAGUAAAGACUGACAAACGGAGGAAGAGGUUGCCCAAAGAGGUGUUAACCAUUUCUCAGAUCAACGAAUCGACCACCGAUCUCUCUAACCUUGACAAUAAUAACAAAACGAAUUCUAGCAUUUAUCCUACAACUAACCCUGGGAUUUUCACGCGAACCAGGAGCAGACUGCGUUCUUCUAGGUGUUUGCGCGUAUCCCAACCGACUGAUUACUUCUGUAAGACCUCUAAAUCGAGGGAUCCGCGUUUAAGGCAACCUAUUCUUUGCGUAUCGCCCCCCUUCGUCGCUAGAAGCCGGAAACCGAGCCUCCGGAUCCACUUUUGUUGUCCUGCUGGAAAAAAGCGAUGGGUGCGCAGAAAAUCGUUGCGGAAAAUCGGUAAACGGUACGGUGAAGUCGAGUUCCCGAUCGUGAAUGCGGUUCUCGGAACCACGACGUCUAAACCUAAGCAGUCGAGCUUGGAGCGUUGCUGUUGUUCCACGACGAAAGUAGAACCGACUCCAAUGUUUAUCGAAUCAACUCAGAAAUUUAUCGAGCCCACUCAGAAAUUUGUCGAACCAACUCAGAAAUUUAUCGAGCCCACUCAGUCAUUUGUCGAGCCAAUGCAGAAAAUUGUCGAGUCAACUCAGAAAUUUAUCGAGCCAACUCAGUCAUUUGUCGAGCCAAUGCAGAAAUUUGUCGAGUCAACUCAGAAAUUUAUCGAGCCAACUCAGAAAUUUAUCGAGCCAACUCGGACAUUUGUCGAGCCAACUCAGACAUUUGUCGAGUCAACUCAGAAAUUUAUCGAACCAAUUCAGCAAUUUGUUGAAUCAACUCAGAAAUUUAUCGAGCCAACUCAGACAUUUGUCGAGUCAACUCAGAAAUUUAUCGAACCAACUCAGAAAUUUGUCGAACCAACUCAGCAAUUUGUUGAAACAAAUCAGAAAUUUAUCGAGCCUACUACAAAGUUUGUCGAACCGAAGAUUCGAAAUUUCGUCGAACCGUCUCGAAAAUUUGUUGAAUCGACUCCUAAAAUAAUCGAGCCGAAGUUUGUCGAACCUACGAGGUCGAGACUAGUCGAACCUAAGCCAAAGAUUGUCGAACCAAUUCCCGACGUCCAUUUUGCGGUACCGAAGAGUGCGCCUCGCCAAAACGCGCAUCUAAAAACCGUACCACCGCCUACUUCAAACAACGAACAGAAAGUACAAAAGGCGCCAGCGCGCAAACGCGGCAGACCGCCUAAAAAUUCCAAGUCUCACUCGAAAGACGCGAGCGCGAAAGACCACAUUCCAUCCACUUCGAAGCACAUUCCUGUAGUGGCGCCGCGCGGUGUCAAAGCCAGUAAAGGCGCCGAACAAAAGAACUACCCGGCCACUCGAAGCGCGUCGCAACCACGCAUCGAACCGCUGAAAAUCAUCAAAGAUCCCAAGUCGAAAAACUAUUGCAAGGUCGUGCCCGUCAGAGCUAAAACGCCGGAACCGAUGCCGGUACCCGGCACUUACAACUUCAACAUUUCGGACACUGAAACUAAAGAGGUGUGUCGCCCUAAGGCGAAACAGGCGGAAAACGCAGAGAACCAGGUGGAAUUCGAGACCCACCUGCCUCUGAAAAAAAGGAAACUGUCGAUGCCGGUAACUUCGCCCACGCCCACCCAAUCAACGUCGUUGGCACGCAGUAGAGAAAAAGAAAUAAGCUAUCCCGCCACGCCCAUGCUAAGCAUUGCGGACGUCUAUAUGCAGUCGAGGGUGUUCAAGACGCCCGCUGAAAAGAAGCAACUCCCUCCAGAGUCCUCGAAGACGGUACCUUCCCAGUUCAACAGUAGCCCCUACCCCCCUAACCCGCGUCACUUCCCCCUCAACCUCGACUGCCCCUCUUACUCUCCACCCACAGUCCUAUUCCCUCCAAAAUUCAGUCACACCAAUUGAGUGGAUAGCUGAUAGAAAGCAGGAUGCAGCACAAGAACCAAGAAGAAUACUCGGGGAAGAAAUCAGUAUUUACUCAACUCUCAUCUUUGUUAUCUGUGAUAAAUGUCAUAUAUAUUUCAUUUUUAUUGUUUUUAUUUUGUUAUCUGUUAACAAAAAGAAUAUUUAUUUCUACAUCACUGUUCAUUAUUUGCAAUGAUUCUGUAUACAAAAUAACUGGACCGAAGCAAGAAGAAAGAAAACGGAAGACAGCUAUGUUGAGAAGCAACAAGAGAUGGGUGCCGAUUGGAAAAGACAUCAAGUGAAGAUGUGUUCGAGAUUUAAUUGAUGGCUGAUUUCGAUAAGUUCUUGAAUCUUUUAAUAUUUUAUUCUAAUUCAUUCUUUCAAUUUGCUAUUCAAAGUAACUUCUUUAUUAUCAAUUUGUUCUUAAACAUUAGUAAAUUUAUUUCUGAGGUCGAAACAAGAAAAUUUUUUUGCUACUGGAUAUUUUGGUAAGUGGCUCAUUUUUGUUAAAUAGGGAAUUAAACCUGGUGUUCACCAAAUUAUUUCUUGUGGUUGCUGUUGAAAAGCUUUUUCUGUUUUCAGUCGAUUUAUCUGUGUCUUAGAUAAAGAUAUGUGUGUUCUGAAAUAAAUGUCUUCUUGGUCAGAUGACAUUUUCAAACUUUUUGUGGGUGUUCUAAUUGUCUUCUGGUAUAUGUCAUCUAUGUACUAAUGUUGGUAGUUGUGAAAUCUCGUUGACUCGUUGUUAUUAACCGAAAUUUUGGCCAAGGAGGAAAAUGGCUGUUAAUCGUCACACCAAUUUAAUAUUUCAAUUGGAAAAUCUUUCUCGGUUCUUCUACCAAAAUUAUAAACCAUUUUAUCAUGUCCAUUCUAGAAUAUAUGAAUUUCAAGUUGAAAAAAUAUCAGAAACCGUAUUUUUUUACUUUUGGGGCCAGUGACGAAUAAUAUCUGUGAUAAAUUUCAAUAUUUUUCAUUACGAAUUAAUCUUAGAGUUUUCAAAAGAUGCUUAAUAUGUUAUACUUUGAAUGCUCUUUCUCUCUAUCUUUGUUUGCUUUCUCUCAUUUUAAAACGGAAUUUGUCCUUUAAGUUUUGUUUUCCUUUUAUUUUUCUUGGAUCAUUUGAUUUUUUAAAACUACACAUUGUUAUUUAUAGGGUUCAUAUAGUUUAUGGAUAGAUUAGGUGAUCAGAUUCAGCUUUAAUCCCUCAGUAUUUAUAUUCAUGUUACCAAAAAAAUUAUAUUUUUUUAAUUGCCUAAAAUGCCAUAUAUCAUGAAGAUAAUUUGUUUUGUUACUUUCAAAUUUUAUUAUAUUUUAAUGUUGAAUUUUUCAUUUUUAUAAAUCAAAUUAUUUAUAUUAAGUUUGAAUAUUUUAUUUAUCUCUUGUAUUUACAAAGUUUUUUUUCAGAUGUUUAUUCAUACUCUUUUACAUUUCAGAAUCCACUUUUUAUUUUUCAGCUAACCUACUUUAUCCAUUUUUAUUUUCAUGGAGUUUCACAUUUAAAGCAUUUAAUUUUCAUAUUGAGACAUCCUGACAAAAAAAAAGAGUUUUCAAAAAUGAUCAUUCCAAAAAAUUUAGAACAUCAAUAUUUAAUAAAUUGGCAAUUUUCAGAUUCUAACCUAAGAUAUUCAGCAUAACACAAAAUUGUCGAUUUAUUUUUACUUUGAUGUUUUGCGCUAAAUUCUCACUUUUGAAACUUCAUUCAUUCAUCU